AGGCAACAUUUACCAUGACAACGGUACACAGAGCCAGCGGGGCGGUUCAUGCACAGCAUUAUAAGACGCCACAUUCAGAGCUAAGCUAGUUCAGCCCCUGAUGUCAGAAGCAACUCAGAAAUGUCAUCACCACAGCCUAAGAGGACAGAGAUUUCUUCAGGCAGCCUUGCUGUUUCAGAGAUGGUUAGCGCUGCCAGAUCACAAAAAACAGGGAUGAGGAGGAAGAGAGGGACUCAGCUGAGCCCAUUCAAAGUGCCAGACGGCAACAGCAUUUUUCUACUGAGCGUAAACGAAAGAGAGGAUCGAAAAGAGGAGAUGCGUAAAUUCCUGGCUCUGCCAAUUGAUGAGAAGACAACCCACACUGCAAGAAUGAUGGCCAAGCUGAAGAAUGAGCUGGUGGGAGAACUGGAGGAGGAGGGGGAGAAUGAGAAGAUGAAGAAUCUAAAACAAAUCAAGAGUAAGACAGCUCUCCCUAAGCAAACCUCCGGCAGAGCUGCGCUGAAGAUGGCUACGAUGAAACGACAAAAUGUAACAAAAGACAAUAAGCAUGCUUUGAUCUCCCUGGAACGGCAGAAAGCAGUGUUGGAGUUAUCUGUGAUGUCAAAGCGGGCAGAGAUUUUGAGGAUGGACGAGGCCACUGCAAAAGAGGAGAGGCUGCUGAAACAGCUUGAGAAGACCAUUGAGAGAGACAACCUCAAAUUUGAAGAAUUUCUCAGGGAGAAUGAGAAGAAGUCUGUGGAGGCCAGAACACUUUUUGAACAGGAGGCCAAGUCUACACAGGAGAAGAACACUGAGAUCAGGAGGCUAACUUCUGAAAUACUGACCAUAAAAAGUGAACUUGCCAGGUUUGAAGAAAUCCUGGUAGACUACAAGAGUUACAGUGACCUUCUAUUCAAGCUGUCUCCACCUGAGUGGCAGGAGGUUCAGAGGUCAAAGGGUUCAUCUGGUAAAGACUCAAAGGAUGAUCAGAACAGGGAGCCUAAAGAGACUGCAAUUACGAAUGGUGUGCAGAGCAAAGUGUCCAGUCCAGGUAGAGAGCUGCCCUGCAUCCAGGAGACCAGGCUGUCCUCACCCCACAGCAACAAUCUAGUCACAAAUUCUAAAUUGGACAGCAACAGCUCAGAAUAUGAGGAUGAGCCAGAGCUGUAUUUCACUGAUCCCCAGCAGCUGCUGGAUCUGAUGACAGAGCUGACGGAGCAGAACUUGUCCCUGAUUCAGAACUCUACAAGGGUGGAGGAGACACUGGAGGAGCUCAAACACUCCUUGGAGACAACCAGGAAGAAGCAUGAAAAGGAUGAAGAAGAAAUUACAGUGCAGAUAAAUGAAAUGAAGAAGAGAAUCGAGAAGGAGAGGGCAAGAGGUGCCAAGCUUGAACAGAAGGUUCUUCUCCAUGUGUCACUGAAUACAGAGGACCAGGAUAUGCUGCUGGAUGCGCUAAGUGAGAAGGUAGCAGAGGUGUACUGCAGCUGUGUGGAUGACAGGAUAACCAACCAAACCACUUUGGAGAAGCUGGCCAACAUUGAGAAGCGACUUUCUUUACUACUGCAGAGCCUUGAGAGCAUCCCUGAAGAAAAACUGGAGUUAAUGAAGAAGAUCAAGGACAGCGAGAGGAGGACCAGGGAGCGUGAAGAAAAGCUGAGAGAGCAGAGUGAAAAGCAGAAAGAAAGAAUGAGGAGGUACUUGGAGAGAUCCCUGGCUGACUCCAAGAAAAUCACUGGGAAAAAGCUCAUGCCCAGAUGUAUGCCUGUUGCCCAGAGAGUCAAAGUCAGCAACACGGACAGCGCCCCCGCUGAAGAUGAGCUCCAUGAAUAUCUCUUUGGCCCUGAGAACACAGACUGAAAAAGGAAGAGCAAAUGGUAAAAUGAGUGUAAUGUAUAAAAUAAUAAUAAUAAUACACAUUAUGUGUUAUCCCAUAAAAGCCACAUUCAUGACAUAUUGUAUAAUCACUAAAUCAAUAUCAGCUAAUUGUGGUAAAUGACUGGUUGUAUAGCUGAUUAAUAUUAGAAUUGUCCAAAGUGAUAUUGUAAUUUGGUUUAAGCAUCUCCACUUAUGGGUGUCUCACUCUUUGUAUGGAGGACCAAAAAUGUCAAAAUGCAAAAUAAAUGAAUGGAUGAAAUUUAUAUUCUAUGAAAUGUAUAAAAAAAGAUGAGUAGUAAAU